UCCGCGGCUCGGAGGUCAAGCUAUGUUCAGCCCCAAGAAACGGAAGCGUCGAGUGACGCGACGGCGGCAGCGGCGGAGGCGACGAGAUCAUGGCGUAACGGCCCAUUCCCGGCCGGAGGAGCGUGGCGUCGACUUCUUUAGCCCCUCCGUCGCUAAGUACUGGCGGCAGCGCUACUCCCUCUUCUCCCGCUUCGACGACGGCAUCGUCAUGGACGAGGAGGGCUGGUACUCUGUCACCCCCGAGGCAAUCGCCGCCGCCCACGCCGCCCGAGCCACCUCCCUCGCCGGUCGCGGUUGCCCCCUCGUCCUCGAUGGCUUCGCUGGCGUCGGCGGUAACGCCAUCCAGUUCGCCUCAAGGGGUUGUCACGUAGUUGCGGUAGACAUUGAUCCGCGGAAAAUUGGGUUUGCUGUCCAUAACGCGAAGAUUUAUGGUGUGGAGGACAGAAUUGAUUUUGUUACUGGAGACUUCUUUCGUCUUGCGCCACGUCUAAAGGGUGAUAUUCUUUUCCUUUCGCCUCCUUGGGGAGGCCCAUCAUAUAGAGACUUUCGAAGCUACACUCUUGAUUUGCUGAUGCCAAGAGAUGGGUAUUCCAUCUUUCAACUUGCACAACAAAUAACUCCCAAUAUCAUUAUGUUUCUGCCGCGCAAUGUGAACCUUAACCAAGUGGAAGAGCUUUCUUGGUUGUCCAGCCCUCCCUUAAAAUUUGAGAUAGAAGCAAAUCAUGUACAAACCAAAGUGAAAGCGAUUACUGCCUACUUUGGUGAUAUUGCGGCAGGAUCAUCUGGAUUAUCGAAGAUCUGUUCUGGUGUAACUUCAUGAGGUUCCGGCUAUCUCUUCAAAUCUGCUUCCAACUCUACACUGGUGGUUGGUUUUCCCCUUCAUCUGCCAAGAAUCCCUCCAUGGCUGAAGCUUUGGCGCUUUUGGAAGGUCUCCCGCAUGUCCUGGAGCACCAUUGAACUAACUUGUGCGGUCCAACUCUGAAUGCCUCGUCAAUUACAUCAACGAUGCCUCUCCCACCCCUUCGUUUUUGAGGGCCAUCAACUUCAACUUCGUUUACAGAUCCUCUAAUCUUAUAGUUCAUCAGCUAGCUUACUUGGGAAAACCACUGGUUGUAUGGAACACGAGGUGUAUCUACCCUGGAGAAGAAUUGCGAUGCUCAGUUCUUGGUUGUCAAGAAGCUUACCAUUUGACAUGUGCCAACAAGCUGAUUGGACCCACCACUUCAAAACCUUUCAAGUGCCCUCAACAU